AUGGAAAGAUUCUCUGCGUCUGAACGUCUGAAGAUGGAAUACGCCCAAGUAAGCCUUCGCCAGCAGAGAAUCUUUAACCAGUCACUCGCCUUCCCCAGUGCCUCCAGACUUGCCCCGCUGGUGGCCAGCAGGUGUGCCGUCCGCAGACCGUCCGACAGUCUCGGAGCGCAGUGGGCCCUGCACUUGUCUCCGUUCCCACAACACCUGAGACCGCACUGGGGCGCAUCCAACAAACCCCAUGAAUCCAAACAUCCUCGUCGGAAGUGUCUAAGUUCGAGGGUGGUCCGACCGUCCCCUUCCCGCGUCGACUCUGCAAGCCUGUCGUACGAGGUCUUUCCUUUUGGACCCAAAGAGGCGCGCGCUGCGCUCCUCGCGGAGGAGGAGGAGGGACGGUACGGAGAGGAGCGCAGGGGUCCCCUCACUGAGCCCCCGGGCCAAGAUCUGAGCCGCCGCGGCCUCCCGGCGGGGCCGCUGCCCACCCGGCGGCCCCGCCCCACUCGUGAACCGGCGGCGAAGGCCAUCCCGGGCAAGUGGCUGCCCCCGGGCCCCUGGGACCAGCUGCGCCUGCCGCCCUGGCUCGUGCCGCUGCACUACGAGCUGGAGCUGUGGCCCCGGCUGCGUCCGGACGAGUUCUCGUCUCCGACGCUGAGCUUCACCGGCCGCGUGAACAUCACCGUGCGCUGCGCCGUGGCCACAGAGCGGCUCCUGCUGCACAGCCUCUUCCUGGACUGUGAGAGCGCCGAGGUGCGGGGUCCUCUGUCCGCCGGCCCCCCAGACGGCACGGAGGGCCGCGUGCCCGUGGACGACGUGUGGUCCGCUUUCGACAUGCAGUAUAUGGUGCUGGAGCUCGGCGGGACCCUGCAGCCCGGGAGCCGGUAUGAGCUGCAGCUCCGCUUCUCGGGCCUGGCGUACCAGGACCUCAGAGAGGGACUCUUCUUCAGCGUCUACACGGACCAGGGUGAGCGCAGGGCCCUGGUCGCAUCUCAGAUGGAGCCGACAUUUGCCAGGAGCGUUUUCCCUUGUUUUGAUGAGCCAGCUCUAAAAGCAACCUUUAAUAUUACAAUUAUUCACCAUCCCAGCUACGUGGCCCUUUCCAAUAUGCCAAAGCUAGGUCAGUCUGAAAAAGGAGACGUGAAUGGAAGCAUGUGGACCGUUACCACCUUUUCCACCACACCGCACAUGCCAACUUAUUUAGUCGCAUUGGCCAUAUGUGACUAUGACCACAUCAGCAGAACUGAAAGGGGCCAGGAGAUACGCAUCUGGGCCCGGAAAGAUGCCAUCGCAAAUGGAAACGCAGACUUCGCUUUGAACAUCACAGGUCCUAUCUUCUCUUUUCUGGAAGAGUUAUUUAAUAUUAGUUACCCUCUUCCGAAAACAGAUAUAGUUGCCUUGCCUACUUUUGACAACAGUGCAAUGGAAAAUUGGGGACUAUUGAUAUUCGAUGAGUCAUUAUUAUUGAUGCAACCAAAGGAUCAAGUAACAGACAAAAAGGCUGUGAUCUCCUUCAUUCUCUCCCACGAGAUUGGACAUCAGUGGUUUGGAAAUUUGGUUACCAUGAAUUGGUGGAAUGAUGUCUGGCUCAAAGAAGGUUUUGCAUCUUAUUUUGAAUAUGGAGUAAUUAACUACUUCAAUCCUCAAUUUCGAACAAAUGAGAUCUUUUUUUCUAACAUUUUGCAUCCUGUCCUCAGUGAAGAUCACGCCCUGGUGUCUAGGGCUGUGUCCUUGGAGGCGGAAAAUUUCACAGAAACCAGUGAAAUAAAUUACCUCUUUGACUUCUUUACUUACAAGAAGGGAGCAUCUUUGGUCCGAAUGCUUUCUAGCUUCCUGAAUGAGAAUUUAUUUAUCAGUGCACUCAAGUCAUAUUUGAAGACAUUUUCUUACUCAAAUGCUGAGCAAGAUGAUCUAUGGAGGCAUUUUCAAAUGGUCAUUGAUCACCAGAGUAAAAUUCUUUUGCCAGCACCAGUAAAAAGCAUAAUGGACAGUUGGACGCACCACAGUGGUUUUCCAGUCAUUACCUUGAAUGUAUCUACUGGCGCCAUGAAACAGGAGCCAUUUUAUCUUGAAAAGGUUAAAAAUCAGACUCUCCUGACCCACAAUGACACAUGGAUUGUGCCUAUUCUUUGGAUAAAAAAUGGAAUCACUCAGUCUCCAGUUUGGCUAGAUAAAAGCAGCAAAAUAUUUCCCGAAAUGCAAGUUUCAGAUUCUGAUCACGACUGGGUAAUUCUCAAUUUGAAUAUGACUGGAUAUUACAGAGUUAACUAUGAUGAAUUAGGCUGGAAAAAGCUAACGCAGCAGCUGGACAAAGAUCCUAAGGCCAUUCCUGUUAUUCACAGGCUGCAGCUGAUGGAUGAUGCCUUUUCCUUGUCGAAAAACAAUUAUACUGAGAUUGAAACAGCACUUGAUUUAACCAAGUACCUUGCUGAAGAAGAUGAAAUCAUAGUAUGGCAUGUAGUCUUGGAGAACCUGGUAACCAAGGAUCUUCUUUUUGAUGUGAACAACUAUGAUAUGUACCCAUUACUAAAGAAAUAUCUUUUAAAGAGACUUAUCUCGAUAUGGAAUAGGUAUUCAACUGUCAUUCGUGAAAACGUGGCAGCAUUACAAGAUGACUCUUUAGCCCUAGCGGCCCUCGAAAAACUUUUUGAAGCUGCCUGUUGGUUGGGCCUGGAAGACUGUCUUCAGCUGUCAAGAGAACUCUUCAAAAACUGGAUGAAGCAUCCAGAGAAUGAAAUACCUUCUCCAAUUAAAAGUGUAGUUUUAUGUAAUGGUGUGGCCUUCGGAACUGAUGAAGAAUGGGACUUUUUGUUAAAUAUGUACGCUAAUAAAACAAAGGAAGAAGAAAGGAUUCAACUCGCUUAUGCAAUGAGCUGCAGUAAAGACCCAUGGAUACUUCACAGAUAUCUGGAGUAUGCCAUCAUAGCAGGUCCAUUCACUUUUAAUGAAACAAAUAUAAUGGAAGUUGUGGCAGAAUCCGAAGUAGGCCGGUACAUCGCGAAGGACUUUUUAGUCAACAACUGGCAAGCUGUGAGUGUAAGGUAUGGGACACAAUCGCUGCUUACCCUCAUGCAUGUAAUUGGGAGAACCAUAAGUACCGACUUACAGGUCACAGAGCUGCAGCAGUUUUUCGGGAACAUGCUGGAAGAGCACCAGAGGCUCACACUCCACGCCAAAUUACAGACCAUCAAGAACAAAAAUCUGGAAAACAAAGAGCGCAAAGCCAGGAUGACCGCGUGGCUCCGGAAAAACACGUAACGG